AUGACGGACGUAGACCCUCUUGUUAUCCAAGAAAUUAGCUGGCUGAACCUCGGAAUCGAUGCUGACAUUCCAGUGCCCAUCACACCCGUCUCAGAUGACUGGGAUCGGCCGUCGUCUUCCAGGUCGCCCCCCAUAAAUAUUCCCUCAUCGUCCGCACCAAGACCAUUCCCCACCCAGAGCUCCAUCGAGGACGCCAGUUACAUACGGACAGAACUGACACACGUCACGUCAUCAAAUUCGAUUCCUGUACCUACAUCCCCAUCAAGGCCUCGACGGUCACGCCGUCCCACUCCUCCGUCCCAAACUUUCCCUGUUUCGCAAUCUCUUCCAAACGACAUAUAUAUACCGCCCCCACCACCCUCUUCUCUCCCUCUUCCCAAACCCGCAUAUCCUUCUGAAUGGCUAUAUCGUCGUCCGAAUUAUCCCCGCUCGAAACCAGUAAUACCAUCUCCCCCAUUGCCCCCGUUACCAAUCCCUCCCACAGCCCACCACAUCGAACACCACCAGACCUCCAUGCAACUACAUUCUGACGAACAACAGGAUUUGUGGAGUGCAGGGAUCCGCCCACGGUCUAAACUUGAAAGAUCCAUUCCUAUGCUCGAAACUCGACUUCUUCCGAAGCCCCGCUCCUCCUCGGUAUCCUCCAUUUCUUCGUCAUUAACAACAGCUGCGUCGUCCUCGAGACCCGCUACGCCAGUAUCACCAGGAUCUCGGGGUAGACAUAGGCAUACAGGUCCUUCGCGAUCGAUUCUGACCCGCACGUCGUCCAACGCCACCAAGAGUUCUUCUAUGUCAGCUUCCUGCAAUAAAUCCGUAAAAUUCGUGGAAAUGCCGACAAUACACCAUGCAAGCGACAGUUACUGGGACAUGGACGAGGACGACGUGGAUAGCACGGAUAUUUGCACCCAAGAAGAUGUGAUGAUAGAUGAGGAAAUAAACACUCCAUCGGUGGUCAGAAGGUCCUCGCUGACGAAGAAGAAUAAAACCGGCGGCAUAGGCAAGCUCCUACAACGAAGAUCGUCUCCGAUAUCCUCCCGCCCAUUCAUAUCGGGGCCUUUCGCUCUUGGCAGCAUGAAGCCCCAAUCAAAACCCGAACAGCUCCCUCCCCUCCCCUUCGCUAGCGACUCAUCAAGCCUUAGAUCUGUUUCUUCGUUGGCUUCCGUUUCACGAACAUCUUCGAUAUCCUCCUCGGUUCCCCUACGCAUGGCACCUUCUUUGGAAAGCUUCAGGAGCGUGAGGAGCACAGGGGGACGCAGCACGAGGAGUUUGGGAAGUGUGCGAAGUACUGGAAGCACCGGGAAAUUCAGAUCAUGGUUAUCCCGUAUGGGAUUGAACUUUGGCACCGAGAUGGGCUGCGCCGUCGCAUGA